AUGGCUCUGAACUAUAGUUCCAUCAACGAUGACGAAGCCUUUUCAUUCCGGAAUCUUGAAAGAAAUGCAAAAAUUGAAAAAAUGGGACUCAAAAUGCCAAGUUUCCGAAAAACAGGUACUACAAUUGUGGGUGUAACUACUCGUGACUGUGUUAUUUUGGCUGCUGAUACACGUGCUACAUCUGACACAAUAGUUAUGGAAAAAAAUUGUGAAAAAAUCCAUUAUAUUGGAAAAUACAUGCACUGCUGUGGUGCUGGUACAGCAGCAGAUACAAUGCAAGUUACUCGCAUGGUAUCUGCUAAUGUUUCCUUGCAAGCAUUUAAGUUUCCUGAUGAAAUGGUUCCUGUAGCAUUCGCUGCCAGAUCACUUCGUCAGUAUCUUUUCAAGUACAUGGGAUAUGUUUCAGCCGCUUUAAUUUUAGGCGGCAUUGAUAAUAAUGGUCCACAUUUAUACUCAAUUUAUCCUCAUGGUUCAAUAGAUAAAUUGCCUUAUAUAUCUAUGGGGUCAGGAAGUAUGGCAGCCAUUUCAGAACUUGAAAGUCACUGGAAUGAAAAUCUAACAGAAGAAGAAGGAAUGAAACUGGCAUGUGAUGCUAUUUUGGGUGGUGUAUUUAAUGAUCUUGGUUCUGGAAGUAAUGUAGACCUUUGUGUCAUUAAAAAAGAUGGAACUCGCAUGCUCAGGAACUAUCUGACACCCAAUAUAAAACCAGCUACUGCCAAAUAUGUCUAUCCAACUGGUUUGACCAAAGUAUUACGCAAAAGUGAAAUAAAAUUCCAAAUUGCAGAGGAAACUGUCAUGGAAGUUGAUGCUUAACAUUUUCAAUUAUAUUAUGUAUUAAAAUCCAAUCAUGAAUAUUAAUUUUAUAUACAUUUUUUAGUUUUUCAC